GCGCAGGCGCGGCAGGAGGAGCAGGAGCGGGGACGGCGCUGCCAGGCCCGGGCCCGGCGGCGGGCGCAGCUCCUUCCCGGGCCUGAGGGGCGGCUGCCAUGGGCAAGCGGGUGGCGCUGGUGCUCGCCGGCUGCGGCGUCUUCGAUGGCAGCGAGAUUCAUGAGGCGUCGGCGGCGCUGGUGCACCUGAGCCGCGGCGGCGCGGAGGUGAAGAUAUUUGCCCCCAAUAUUGAGCAAAGGGAUGUAGUCAAUCACCUAAAAGGAAGUCCAGCUGAAGAGAAGAGAAAUGUGUUAGUUGAAAGUGCCAGGUUGGCAAGGGGAAACAUUCAGGAUUUGGCUGAACUGAAAGCUAGUGAAUUUGAUGCUGUCAUUUUCCCUGGUGGUUUUGGUGUAGCAAAGAACCUGUGCUCCUGGGCUGUAGAUGGCAAGAACUGUACUGUCAAUGAGCAUGUGAACUCCACACUCCAAGCCUUCCACAGUGCUAAAAAGCCCAUUGGUUUGUGCUGUAUAUCACCAGUUCUGGCAGCCAAAGUCUUUCCUGGUUGUGAGGUUACAGUUGGUCAAGAUAAAAAUGUAGAUGGAAGAUUUCCUGAUGCUGAAACAGCAUCUGCUAUAACAGAGCUUGGAUGUAAGCACAUUUGCAAAAAUGUAAAUGAAUCCCAUGUGGAUAAAGCCAAUAAAAUAGUUACUACCUGUGCUUUCAUGUGCAAGGCUCCUCUGCAUGAAAUCUUUGAUGGAAUUGGAACAAUGGUGCAAGAAGUCCUGAAGCUUGCCUGACAGUCAGAAGUGUACAGACUUCUCCAAGGAAAUCGGUGUAGUGAAGCAUAAACAUGUAGCUUCCUUUGAUUGAAUUAAUAAAAUAAUGCAACUGCUGAACUUCA